AUGUCCCUCCGAGACCGCCAGGUCGCUUCCAUUCAGAAGCUUCUUAAUUUGAACCAUGACCCUCGUCCCGCCGAUGAGGCUUCUCACGAUUCGUCCAUCCAUGGUGGUCUGGUCUCUCACUUUACCCCAAUCUUGAAUGAAGAUGGCGACCCCAUCUGGAAGGUCCUGGUCUUUGAUGGCAUGGGCCGCGAUGUCAUCAGCAGUGUCCUUCGAGUCAAUGACCUCCGCGCCUGGGGUAUCACGAUUCAUCUAAGCCUUCAUUCUCAAAGAUAUCCCAUUCCUGACGUUCCCGUUGUCUACUUGGUGGAGCCGAAUGCUGCGAAUAUCCAGGCGAUCACGCGCGAUCUCUCCCAGGGCCUUUACUCUCCAGCCUACAUCAACUUCCUCUCCUCCGUCCCCGCCCCCUUCUCGAGGACUUUGCUUCUCAAAUUGCCAUUUCUGGCGCAUCAGAAAAUAUUGCUCAACUUAGGCCUUGGAAAUGAUGCAUACUACAAGAUCAACAGCCCGAAAACGAACGAUGAGGAUCUGGACGCAAUCGUGGAUAAGGUGGUGAGUGGUCUGUUCAGCGUGAGCGUCACAAUGGGUGCCAUUCCUAUCAUUCGAUGCCCGAAGGGUGGAGCCGCGGAGUUGAUUGCAACCAAGCUGGACCGGAAACUGCGUGACCACAUUCUCAACUCCAAAGACAACUUGUUCUCAGGCAGCCAGAAGGCCUUGCCUGGGGUUCCCUCGGCUCGUCCUGUUUUGAUCAUCAUGGACCGGAACGUCGACUUGGUUCCCAUGCUUUCACACUCCUGGACAUACCAGUCCCUCGUACAGGACGUACUUCAAAUGCGCUUGAAUCGUAUUACUUUGGACACGGACGAGCAGGACUCGGGCAAGGUCACCAAGAAGUCAUACGAUUUGAACAGCAGCGACUUCUUUUGGCAGCGAAAUGCCGGAGCGCCCUUCCCUCAGGUGGCCGAGGAUAUCGAUGCUGAGUUGACACGGUACAAGGAGGACGCAAACGAAAUUACGAAGAAGACAGGCGCUUCCUCGAUUGAAGAUCUCCAAAAUGAUACCAGUGCCUCCGCACAGCAUUUGAAGGCUGCCAUCACCCUGCUUCCGGAGCUGCGUGAGCGCAAAUCCGUUCUCGAUAUGCACAUGAAUAUCGCCACUGCCCUUCUCAAGGGCAUCAAAGACCGUCAGCUGGACAACUUCUUCGAGCUGGAGGAGAAUAUUGUCAAGCAGUCCAAGGCACAGCUACUUGAGCUGAUCAAUGAUCCUACCAAGGGUAGCAACCCGCAGGACAAGCUGCGCCUUUUCAUCAUCUGGUUCCUUAGCACAGAAUCUGAGCUGAGCCGCACUGAGAUGACUCAAUUCGAAGAGGCGCUGACCAAGGCCGGCGUCACAGACGUCUCUCCUCUAUUUUAUGUGCGCCAGGUCCGCGAGAUCACCCGCAUGACCAUGAUGACCACGGCAGCUCCCGAACAGCAAUCCAACGACAUCUUCCGUGGGUUCUCCUCACUCUCCAACCGUCUUACGGACAGGAUCGCCUCCGGCGCCCUCGGUGCCAAUUUCGACUCACUCAUUUCCGGGGUCAAGAACUUUUUGCCUGCGAAUAAGGAUCUUACCGUGACCAAGAUCACUGAAUCUAUCAUGGAUCCCUCUGCUGCAUCCAGCUCCGCCAUCGCGAAGACAGAAAAUUACCUAUACUUCGACCCUCGCAGCGCCAAUGCCCGCGGCGCCAUGCCUCCCGCCUCUGCAUCAAGAAACCAGCAGAUGCCCGGCACCAUGGGUAGUGUAGGCCCCGGCACCGGCGCCAGCUUCGGCCAGCGCCGCCAGGCCUUCAACGAAGCGAUUGUCUUCACAGUCGGUGGUGGCAGCAUGGACGAGUAUGGUAACUUGCAGGAUUGGGUGCACCGAACAAGCGGCCAGACUGGACCCGACGGCAACCCAUCGGCCAACCGCGCAUCGGCUGGUGGCCGCCGCCGCGUUGUCUACGGAAGUACAGACUUGAUGAAUGCUAGUGAAUUCCUGUCGGACUCUUUGGCCCCGCUGGGUCGGGAGAGUUGA